CGCGGAGAAUACCACAGCUACCACUGCUGUCGCGACGCAUUCGUGACAAUCGUCUCUGGCGCCAAUGGACUCGCCGCUCGCCACGCAGCUCUUUCGCCAGCUGUUCUCGCAUCGAGCGUCGCAAUGUCUUGCCCGCGGAGCUCGACCAGCGCUGGCAAGCGCCCGCAUACCACAUCACCAAAGACGAGGCAAGGCCACACGGCUGGGUGAGGGAGAGACGAAGCGCGAGAGCAGAUGGACGCCGAGGAAGAAUGCAUUCCCUCACGAGAGGACGGAAGAGUUUGAGAGAUACCCAAUGGUCACAGCGGACAUGCUGCGGAGUCGGAGAGAAAGACCGCGCAGAGUCAAGAUGUUGUUGCGCGACUUUAUAGAAGACAGCUUGUACAAUCCCAAUUACGGCUACUUCUCCAAGCAAGUCGUCAUCUUCUCUCCCGGCGAUCCAUUCGACUUCAACUCCAUGGGCUCUGAGCACGAGUUCUUUCAGCAGCUGCGGCACCGCUACACCGCUUUCGAAGACGAUCUCGAUUACCAAGAACCGAACGAUCUGCGCCAGCUCUGGCAUACGCCGACCGAACUCUUCUCACCCUACUACGGAGAAGCAAUCGCACGCUACCUCGUAGAGGACUACAAGUACAAUUUCUACCCAUACCAUGACCUGAACAUAUAUGAAAUGGGCGCGGGUAAUGGUACAAUGAUGUUGAACAUUCUCGACUUCAUAAGAGACGUGCACCCAGACGUAUACGAGCGGACCAAGUUCAAGAUCAUUGAGAUCUCCAGUCAAUUGGCCGACUUGCAACAAAAGGGUCUCGGCCAUUCCGCAUAUGCGCGAGGACACUCUGAUAAAGUGGAAAUCAUCAACCGCAGUGUCUUUGACUGGAACAUCUACGUCUCCUCCCCCUGCUAUUUCCUCGCAUUGGAAGUCUUCGACAACUUCGCGCACGAUGCCCUAAAGUACGAUUUUGAAACGGGCCUCCCAUAUCAAUCCCACGUCGUCAUCGAUCCUCGAGGAGAGCUCUUUGAGUACUAUUCCCGCACCAUAGACCCUCUCGUCACCCAAUUCCUCGAGCGCAGACACGCCGCCUGUACCACGUACCCACACCCGCUGCAAGGCUCGCGACUCAUGAACAACCUGAAGAGCUUGGUACCGUUCCGCUCUAAUAUGAGCAUGCCGGAGUACAUCCCAACGCGGCUGAUGCAGUUCUUUUACAUGUUGUACGAGAAAUUUCCAAACCACAAGUUGAUUAGCAGCGAUUUCCAUAAACUGGGCGAUGCGGUCGAAGGUAUCAAUGCGCCUGUUGUGCAAACGAGGUAUAAGAGGCAGAUGAUUCCUGUUUCGACACCUCUUGUGCACCAAGGUUACUUUGACAUACUCUUCCCCACUGACUUCGAAGUCAUGGAACCCAUGUACACGUCGAUAACCGGACGCUUCGCACGAACAUACCUACACGAAGAUUUCAUGGCCGGCAGGGCGGAUAUCGCGGAGACGACUACAAAGAAUGGCGACAACCCCUUGCUGAGCUGGUACAAGAACGCCAGUGUCAUGAUCACGGUAUAGAACGGAGCCAUACGGUCCUUUCACGGUCAUCAUGUAGGAGAAUAAUAUGAAGAUGCCAACAUGC